CCCUCUUCUAGCGAAUUUCCUGUCCCAAUUUUUAUUUCCCACCUUCCCCUCUAGAAAGCCAUCUCUCUCUCACUACACAACGGUCUUUCCACAACAACUCUCUCUCCCUAUCUAUACAUAUACUAUAUAUAUAUAUAUAUAUAUAUACACUUCCACUAGACAAUAUAUCUCCACAAGUCAUUCUCAUCAAUCCCUAAUUAGCUCUCCUCAAUUUCUCUCACUACUCUUCAUUUCAGCAAACAAUGGGAGACAAAGAUCACACCAGUUUUGCAGAUUCCGAAGAAGCAGAGGACACCCUCUCUCUCUGCGACCUCCCUAUGAACGAUUUCGAAAACAAUCCUUCCAAUCACCACCACAGUCCGAAAACCUCCAUAGAUCAAGACCUGUUCGAGUUCUUCACCGGUCUCAACUCCGCAAUCGGCCCAAUCGACAACAACAUCGUCUUCUGCGGAAGCAUCAUCCCCUACGACGACGAGAAGGAGCUCAACGAGUACCAGAAGCGCGACUACUUCAGCGUCGUCAAAUCAUCGCCGUUUCACAAGAAGUCUCGUAGCUCUCGGUUGAGCGGCGGCUCGAAUCGCUUCUCCGGCGAGGAUCGGUCCAGCUCGCUGCGGUUUGUGAAUUCGGACUCGCAUCCGUGCAGGAGUUUCGCCAGGUGCGAACACUCGCCGGUGAAUAUCACGGCGAUCACGUCCAUGUCGGCGAAGUCGAGGAGGCGGAUGUUCAUGUUUGGGCCGGUGAAGUUUAAGCCGGAGAUGGAGUUGAGCGCGAUUAAGAAGAGGCAGAGCCGCCACGCUCCGGCGGCGAUGUUUCCGGCGGCGGUGGACGGCGGUGCGGUGGCAGUGGCGAGUGCUGGAAGUAGAGGGAAGAGUCAGUGGGGGUUGGUAAGGGCGUUGAGGUGCAGUACCGUGUUGGCCAGGUCGUUCGGUUGCAUGUCAGUGCAUAAAACGACGGCGUAGCGUUGCAAAUGGAGUAACUUUGACUGGUUAUUUGGUCAUGUACAGUGUGUAAUUGUUUUUAGUUUCUAGACAUUAUUGUAUUUAAAUUCAUUUAUUUUGCCGCAAAAAAGUACGGAGUAGUUGUAAUAUUUAUUUAUUGUUAUAAAGUUUUGAUACACAUCAUUGAUUUUUUGCAUCCCUAGUGCAACAUUUUGAAGUUUGAAUUAUUCAACUUAUGAAAAUGGAAUAAAAUUACUCUGUCAACAAAAUAAAUCAUCUCAAUAAAAUUACUCUCUCAAUUGUCCUCCACACAUUGUUUUCAUCA